AUGCAACUGGGGGUGAUGUUCGUGAUACAUACCUGGCUGGAUCCGGCGACCUUACCGCCAGAGCGGUCCAAUGUUGAAAAGAUGCAGUAUAGCUCCAACGAUGUAAAGCCCGCUAUGUCGUAUGGGAGUCGGCUCAACCACUCAUCGAUCUCCUGGAUCAGGUUCAUUAUCGCGGCGCUGAUGGUGAGCCACGAGCACCAUGCAAAUCUUGGGUUGUAG